AUGGCUCGUGCUCAAAAGAGAAGCAUGCCAGGAAAGUUGCCACCAUCUUCCAAGCGCCAAAAGGGCCAACGGAACCACACCAAAAAUAGAGUCGACAUCGAGGCUGGCGAACAGGGGGUCUUUGUGACGUGUGAUAUCGGCAAGGAAUCGAAAUGCAUCCAUGAGAUAACAGAUAUCCUCUCACAACUGAUUGAGGGUUCCGAGGAACCUGUAAAAGAAGACGCAGGAAACUCCGACUCCGACGAUGGAGACAUCGAAGCUCAAAUCCAAAGGGAACUCGAGGGGCUAAAGCCUGCCGAGCGCAAGACGCGUCCCGUACAGGGGGUCCAACUGGAAAUUCCUUGUGGUAGGCCGACUGAUCCAGUUGACCUGGUUCACCGCUUAUGUCUUGAAGCGCACGCCAAUCCUGAUCAAAAGCGAAGUCGUUUUAUCAAACGCAUGAAUCCUGUUACUUCGAUCAGGAAAACUCUUAGCGUGGAUCUGGUGGAAUUCGCCAAAGAAAUCCUCGCGCCUCAUUUCCACUCCGGAGGGCCUCCGAAAACUUACGCAAUUCGGCCUACCGUGCGAGGCAAUAAGAAGUUCAACCGGGAUAUGAUCAUAAAAAUCGUCGCCGACGUUGUCGGCCCUGAGCACCCAGUGAACUUGAAAAAAUACGACCUACUAAUUUUAGUCGAUGUUGUCCAGAAUGUCAUUGGCAUGAGCGUCGUGGCAGGCGAUUAUGAUGAGUUGAAACGGUAUAAUAUUGCCGAGAUCUAUGCCCCUUCAGCAAAGGCCCAUCCAAAUAAGGACCCGGAAGCGAAGGAGUAA